AUGGCGCCAAUCCGCCGAUAUCUUCGUAUUACUAAAUAUUCAGUCCUCGAAUGCCGUAUUUAUCUUGACAAUCCCGCACUCGCUCAUACUUGGCUCCUCAACCCAAGGAAUCCUAUAUUGCCAAGAGUCAUAGAGAGUGUGCGGCCGCUUGUACUACCUAAGUUACGUGAGGAACGAGAACGUAGUCGAAAACGAAGUACCAGGAAGAAAGGUAUCAAGGAUGUGGUAGUAGAAGAUGACUUUGAGGUCUCGAUAUUUCUCACUGAAACGAGCACUCGCCAUGCCCUCCUCACCAAAUAUAAGCAUUUCCACGAUACGACACAAACUAAACUUACAUCAAACUCGGGUCGUCUGAUAAAUGAGACGAAUGAAGCGCCCAUCGAUGUAGACACCACGGCAGACUUAGGACCAGUCCUUAGGCAUGAAGAAAGCGAAGAUGAGAACGUCGCAGCGACCCUGGCCGCGAUCCCUGCGGCAAAUGAGACCGCGGCGGGUAGCAACAACGGCAGGCGACCCAAGCGUGGACGCAGGAAUACAGAAGCAGAAACAGACGCAGAUCGCGACAUAGAUGAUCAGCAAAACAGAGACGUAGAGAUUUUGUCGGAUAGCCAGGACGACGGGGAUGAUGGUCUUUUCGUACAGGACGAUCCUCCGGAUGAUGAGGACGGCAUACGGUCGCCACCAGCGAAACGCCGCAGAGGAGCAGCGGCAAAAGCGGUGGGUGGCGAAGAAGCGGACAAUGAAGAUGACAAGAAGAAACUAGCUAUGGACAUCUCGUACGAGGGAUUUUCUAUUUACGGACGCGUGCUGUGCCUCGUUGUCAAGCGCCGCGACGGUAACAUCGGCGCCGGCCCCCAACCGGCGGGACGCGGCAGCAGUAACAACAACAGCAGUAGAAACUCCGCUGCGGGCAGCAGCAAUGCGACGAAACCUGGGGGCGGAGGCCAGGCGAUGAUGGAGAACUUCAUUCUUUCGACGCAAGUACCGGCCGGCGCAGAGAUUUCAUGACCAACAAAACGAUGUUCAAUUGCUUCCGAGGGAUUCGCGGCUGUCGCGGUAACAUUUAUGCACGUCACCCCUCCAUUCUUCGGCCACGUGGGCUGUAGGAUUCGGUCGACCACUAUAAUAUCAUGAACGACUUACCCUUCUUCAUGCGCAUGAGCUUACUAAACGCAUACGGGUGCAUGUCACUCUAGAGCAAUUCAUUGGCGCCGGCCGGCAU